AAAUAAACGAGAGAGAGAGAGGGAGAGAGGCGGGCGGCGUGAGGAACCAUCGCAGCACGUUUAAGAUUUGAUGUGUCGGACAAAUCAGAUUACUGCCAAGGUAAACGGGAUUCUGACGUAAAGGGCUUAAACCCCGGCGGAGUUUGGCGUGCCGCGCGAGCCCCCGCCUCGAGGCUGGAGGAGCAUGACUCUUCAGAAAAGUCCCCGCAGUUGAACGGAACGGAGGACCGCCGCCGCCGCCGUGCGCGCGAACAUGGCUUCCUAUCUGCAGAUAGCUGACGAUGAGAAGGGACACGAGCUGGAUCUUUUCUGCAUCCCCAGACAUUAUGAAAACGACUUGGACAAGGUGAUCAUCCCUCAUGGGCUCAUCAUGGACAGGACAGAGCGUUUGGCCCGGGACAUCAUCCAAGACAUGGGGGGCCACCACAUCGUGGCUCUGUGUGUGCUGAAAGGGGGCUACAAGUUCUUCGCUGACCUUCUGGACUACAUCAAAGCGCUCAAUCAGAACAGUGAUAAAUCAGUCCCACUAACGGUGGAUUUCAUUAGAGUGAAGAGCUACUGCAAUGAUAAGUCGACCAACAGUGUCAAAGUCAUAGGAGGGGAUGAGCUGUCUAACCUCCGGGGCAAGAAUGUUUUGAUUGUAGAGGAUAUCGUGGAGACGGGGAGGACGAUGCAGACGCUGCUGUCCCUUCUGAGUGAAUGUCACCCCAAAAUGGUCAAAGUUGUGAGCCUUCUGGUGAAGAGGACCCCGAGGAGCUCGGGUUAUAGACCAGACUACAUCGGCUUUGAGGUUCCAGAUGCCUUUCUGGUGGGUUACGCCUUGGACUAUAACGAAUACUUCAGAGAUCUCAGUCACAUCUGUAUAUUGAAUGAUCGAGCCAAGGAAAAGUACAAAGUGUGAGGGUUGGAAGAGCGGCAGAGAAGACUUGCAGAGGACUAGGACCACUGUGAUGACCUGUCUUGAUUUUAUUUUCAAAUAUUAUUUAUUUUUCUACAUGACAAACCUCAAAGAGAGACUUGCAGGAUGUAAAAGAGUUCAGGAAGAAUGUUUCUUUAGUGAGAUAAAAAUUGAUUUAAUAUCUUGGCUGCUAAAUUAGUUCCAGAUUUACGUUGAUAGGGUUUCACUUACUUUUCCUUAAACAGAGAUUGGGAAUUUCUUGGUUGACUACUCGUAUUUGAAUGAUUUUAUUGUCCCAACUGUUGGUAGCCUUUAUUUUAUAAUGUUUUCUGUAAAAAUGAAGAUAUAUAAUAUCUCAGACGACCAUGGAAAUAAGUGAAAUGUAUUGAUUUCUUUCAUCCUUAAGGUUUAAACUAUUUACAGCAACGCAGCUCAGUCGAAAUCCUGUUUUGUUGCACUUCCACAGGCUCCCCACAAGAGGGCGCCAUUUCCUGAUGGGAUUAACUAUUAUUUAAAACGAAUGAAGCUGCUUCAGAAUUACAACAAUGACUUUUCAUUGGAACAUCAUUAUACUUAAAUGUUUUGUGUUUACUUACAAUUCUCGUGUUUCAUUUCAUGUCCAUAGAAUUUUGUGUUAAUCUUUCUUUUCUUUUUUUAAGCAUUAUGUGUCUCAUCUCAUUUAAGAAAAUGUUUUCAUGACCUCUGAAGUUUAUGAGCACUUUCAGUGUCGUUUGUGUGCCUGUCUGUGUUUAGUUUAUCUUAAUUCUAUAGCAUUUGUACAUCUGUUCAUUAUAAUUUUACAUAUUGUUUUAUGGUACAAUAAAAAACAUGGCAGCAGCAAUGCUCCGAUUUA